AUGAAAUCUAAUUUCGUACUUUGUAUCCUCGCUACCUUCUGGCGUCUUGUAAAGCGCACUAAAACAUGCUCCUUUUCUCACCUGCUCCCACAAACAACGUUGCCACUUCAUUUGCACGUCGUCGCAGGAAAUGCGAUCCGACCGCCUCCUCACAGUGACUCGGCUGGUUGGCAGCCAACAUUCGUCUCUGCUGGCCGCCCAUUCGAAGCGGAUCCUGUUCACUCGGACCCGAUCAAUCUCAGCUCCCGGAUCACUGGCACCAGCGUCACUCGCCAAUCCACGUCCGACGGAUCUUGCUGUGGCGCUUCUUCGUUUCCUUUCACUCCGGACUCUUACGACUCUCCGCUUACGUUAGUGUGUUCGUCCCGGGUUCGGACCAACGUCUCGUCAACUCGGCCCAACUCCUGCCAGCCGCAUGGUACCUCGGCACCUUCGGCCCCACUUGGGCCGCAUGUCUCCGUCUGUCAGAUGACCCCAGCUGCCGACAGACGAGGUCCGCUUAUAGCCCACUGUCACCUUUGUUUAGUUGAGCUGAGAGAUACGAAAAGUUUGAAGAUGCUGCGUUCGGAUCCGGUUCCGGAACAGCCUGGUCUACCUUAUUUUCCUUUUCUCACGAGGUGA